AUGAACGACCGAUUCAUAAGCUCACAUCUUUGGAGCGUAUCGGCCCAAAGGGCUAUCUUCGGUAUAUCUUCCCCUUUCAGCUCCAAGACGAAGGUCGCGUGCGAAGCUGUUCCCGAUGGCAGUUCAAAACAAAAGGGUGUUAUGAAACUUCAGCCACGGAUGGAUGGCGACGUAGCUCGCACCGUGGUCAAGGACCUACGAGCGUCCUUCGAAUCUGAGUAUGCGGAGUUGAAAGAGAAAUCCUUCCCCGUCGCGUCCUUCAACGCUGACACGUUCUGUCCCCGUUCUGUUUGGCCUUCAGCUGGAGAGCGACUACCAAUUUCAGUUGUACAGGCCAAUUUCAUCCACGGAGGGUUGAUCCUGACGUGGUCCAUCCUCCACAUGGCGGGCGAUGACAUAUGGGCAGAGGAGUGUCGCCGGGCACAGGGACUGGAGAUCCUGGAUCCCAUACAGCUCCCAGAGGUCAUUUGGCAAGACCGGGAACAAGUGACAAAGCCGUCUGGGUAUAAUGCUGGAAAGCCCGAAGACCAUCCAGAGUAUAGUCUUCUUCCUUUCACGCCGCAGGGAGCCCCGCCAAAGAUGACUUCCUUGAACCAUCGCGGUCAGGUUUUCUAUUUUUCCCCGGAAUCCUUAGCAGCGCUGAAGGCAGAGGCGUCCCCCGCGAACGCGACAGAGCCGACCGAUCAAAAAUGGAUCUCGACCAAUGAUGCUUUUGCGGCACUACUUUGGCGUACAGUAAUUGCAGUACAGUCGCCCCUCGAGUCUCUGGAAGGUGACCCUGUGUCUUUUUUCAACAUUGCUAUUGACGGGCGGCAACGGACAGAUCCCGAGUUGCAUCCAGCGACUUUAGGAUGUUUCCUAGAGUAUGUUUCAGUCUCUGCCUCUAUCCGCAAAAUGUUUAGUACCAUGAAUUUGGCAGACCUGGCUACGGAAACCCGCAAGGUGAUUCUGCGGGCCGACGGGCGGUUCACGGAUGAUGUGGUAGCUCUUGUGGAGCAGCUUGAAGACGUCGACCGGCUGGUAACUACCGCCUUUCUGGAUGUCCCGGGCUUCAACUGCGUGCUAACCUCAUGGGUGAACUUUAAACUGUACGGGUUGGAGUGGGGACCACUGCUCGGCAACAAUAUCGAGGCUGUACGAAUGCCCCAUGUUGGUUGCAUCAACGGCUGUCAAGUUGUGCUUCCAGUUUUGCCGAAUGGUGGCAUAGAGAUUCUGGUUGGUGUGGAAGAAAGUUGUUUGGACCGACUGCUGGAUGACCCCUUGUUCACGAAAUAUGGCGUUGCUCGAUAG